UACAAUAUUUAUUCUUUUUAGAAAGUGCCCGGUUUGAUGGGCAUUCGAGAUCUUCCUCCUUGCCCCUCUUCAAUCCUGCUCGGAAGAGCUUUACUUGUAUCAAUCAAAUCGAUAACGGAAACCAAAUUCAAACUCUUUGGUCCUCUCUCUGUUCGUCUGUCCUCGGUCCAGAAGAAACAAAAUGACGUUGGUAUUACAUGGAGGGAGGGGACGACGCAGAAGUGUCAGAUGUGGGAGUAGACUGUGUAGUUCAUGGUCCGGCUCACGGUCGAUGGCAGAGCUGCCAAAAGAGUCUGAUUCCGGUCCCUCACUGCAAAAGAAUCCGUACUCUUAUCUUCUCAAUUAUUACCUCUCUACUAUAUUGCGUUCAAGGUGUUUGAAAAAAAUCGCAUUAGAAAAAAAAUCCUUUUCUUUUUACUUCUAGGAUAACACUCCUUCCCUACUUUAUUCAAAACGAGGAAAUUUUUAUAGUACUUAGUGUUUCAAGGCUAGGACAGUGCCAGUUAGGUUCACUGAAAACUAGCAUUGAUAACCAUUUAAAAUGUGUAAAUAUGAUGGUCCAGAUAUGCUUUCUUAGCCUGGUUGAUCUGAUUUGAGAUAUGUUGUGGAAUUGGCAUGUUACUAGCAAUAGUAUUAGUGGGCUAAAAUAUUUUUUACUGAUGGUGAGUUUGCUGCAUCCAUUUACCAGAUAUGGAUAGAAAGAAAUAGAUCUCUGAAAUUGAGGAUAAACCUUCUGUGGUGGUGGGCCCUAUAGUCCUAUGUAAUACCAGACAUUUAGUGGAGGAUAAUCCCACAAACAGAGAAUAUAUAAGAGCUCUUGGAGUCAGUUAUUUUUUUCCCGUUCAUGGAAAUAUACAUGCUGCCAAAUGAAUUUCACCACCUUGGGACUUGGGUAGCACCUCGACAAUGAGAAUUGAUGCUUCCCUAGCAGGGUGUCAGGUUGGAACUAUGUGUUCUGUGAGAUUGUUUUUUUUUUUUGUAGCUCCAGUUGUUGCUGUUGCUGAUUUUAAUUGAUAAGGCAUUCUGAUUCCAUGAGUUACAGACUAUUAGGUGCUGUAUGAUUCAAGCUAUGGAAAGGCAAGCAAAUGUGUCUCUCAAUUGAUUGUUCAAAUAUAACUAUCGACCAAGGAUGCAUGAUCAAAAUAUCUUUUUUAUGGGCUUAGUGAGUUUAUAUAUCUAUAUAUAUAUAAUUUUUUAUGUAAAUAGCAGACUGUGGAUAGAUAAUUAUGCUCCAUAGCUAGAGAGAAUCUCUUUUGGAAUAUUUCACUAUUAGUUAUCAUGUUAAGAGUCUUACAUAUAAGAUUAUUUUAUUAUUAUUCUCAACUAUGAUCAUGGGCAAUUUCAACAGUUUCAGGAAGGUUGAAGACAAGCAUAAAGAUAAAAGUUCCUGCUCAUUAAAUAAGCUCCCCCAGUUUCUUAAUCUCUCUAUAUUGGCUCCAAGUUGAAAGAAGACUAGUAACAACUGGAACCAGAAUUGCAGUAUCCAAAAUGCAAUUCAACAAUGGGUGAACACUGAACACAGGUAAAAGACUAGUCUUUGCCUCGAGGUAAACUGCAAGCAAAAAAGAUUGGUCUGACAUCAACGUAAAUAAUUAGUACUGCGCCACAAAGAAACAAACACAAAGCACAAGAACUCUUCAACGACAAUCAAUUGUUCCUCGGCAUGGUAAAUUACAACGAGGUGAAUUGAAAAUCUCGCCUCCGUCCCGUCUCUACCGAGGUCUGGUGCUCCGCGGUGAUGGGAAAGCGAUGAGGAUCCUGCUUCCUCUUCUCCAGCCAUGCCGCCCUCGACGUCGACCUCCUCCGCCUCUUCCGGCUGCUUCGACCUCCACUGCACGGAGGACGCCGGCGAACUCGUCGGCUACCGCGGCGACGCCGACAACUCCAUCUCCGUAGAGGGCGAGGAGGCGGCCGCGGACACGGCUGGUUCAGUUCGCUUCCCCGUCGAGUCGGUCGACCCAGCCGCCCGGCGCGACGCCGUCGACUGGAUUCUUAAGGUGCGCGCUCGUUAUCGGUUCAGACCACUGACGGCGUACCUCGCCGUUAUUUACGUGGAUCGUUUCCUUGCUUCUCACCGCUUGCAGCAAAAUGGUUGGGCACUGCAACUUCUAUCAGUGGCUUGCCUCUCUCUAGGGGCAAAAAUGGAGGAAACACUCGUUCCAACCCUUUUGGACCUGCAGGUUGAGGAUGCAAAGUUCAUCUUCGAGCCUCGUACUGUGCUUCGCAUGGAGCUUCUUGUGCUCACUGCAUUAGACUGGCAGCUUCAAACUGUAUCUCCCUUCAGUUUUGUUGAUUUCUUUGCUUGUAAGAUUGAUUCAUCUGGUAAACGAGCAAGAGUCUUGGCUUCGAAGGCCACACAAAUCAUAUUAGCAGCAAUGCGAGAGAUUGACACUGCAAGCCAUUCCCCGUCGGCUCUUGCUGCAGCUGCUGUAAUCUGUGUAAUAAAUGAGACUCGGGAUCUGGCCGUCGUUAAUCCUACAAUUGCAGCGACAUGGUGCAUUGGACUUACUGAGAUGAUAUCACUCUGCCUGCUACCGUGGCAGUAUCUGUGUGGGGGACAGUAACAUGAUGCAUGGAGAAAGAAGAUGGAUCGGGCAGAGGAAUCAUGAGACUUGGUCGGAAUGCGUCCAACCUGCACAGCUCAAGAAGCCGGGUACGUUGCCGCGCAUUACCCCUUAUUCCCUGCCUACUAACGAACUCGUGGACUGUGCUAACAAGAUCCAUAUCCACUGGGAAACAACAAACACAUCUGUGCGCAAUUGGAAUCUGUGUGAGUGGGACCUUGAUUAGGAGUUGUGUUCUUUGAUGAUCUUGAUUUCUUUGCGUGCUUCUGUUUGUAUUAUCCAUGUUCAUCAUUGACCUGUCU